AUGGCUAGUGCGAGUUAUUAUCCUCUUGUGUGGAGCGUUGUCCCGCAGGUUGACUUUCGUUCGAAGGUUAUAAGAGUUCAUGGACAAUUUGACAAUGUACAACAGCCGAUCAUACCUCUAGGUUUUGGUGAUCAGAAUACCCAAAACGGUUUCGGAUUACCGGUAGGCAACGGAUUUUUAUCUGGCCCUCAAAUUGGCGGAACAGGACAAUUUGUUGGACAACCCCAACAACCACAACAGCCACUGCAACCUCAGCCACCCCUACAACCACGGCAACCCCAACAACCGCAGCAGCCUCAACAACAACUGCCAGCUCCUACUGCAGAAAUCGAUUGUGGAUUUCCAGGCAUAACUGGGCCACAAUGUACUGGGAAGGGAUGUUGCUUUCGACCAGGCCCGCUAAGCCAAUUCUGGUGUUAUGAAGCACUUCGACCACCUGUCAUUGGCCAAAAUUGUCCAAAGCUUGUACCACCACCUCCACCAGUGCAACCUCAAAUACCAGUUGUGACGCAACAGCAACCACAGGCACAGCCACCUCCUCCAGAAUGUGUAGUUGACAAUUCUAAAAGAGUUACAUGCGGGACAGGAUUAACGCAACAACAAUGUUUGGCUCAAAAGUGUUGUUUCGACAGUAAUGCUGCAAAUGAUCCCAAACAGUGCUAUUUCAGCAAACUGAAUGCACCAAAACUCUCAAAAUGGUCAGAAUGGACAGAUUGUCCAAAAACAAACUGUAAAGGGGAAACUAAAAGAACUAGAUAUUGUAGUUAUUUUGAUGGACGUCGAGCUCCAAAAGAACUAUGUAAUGGCAAAGUAAAAGCCACAAAAGCCUGCACUUGUUUCACGAGAAAAUCUGUAGAAAGACCUGUAACAAGUGUAAGGAGGCUCCACCAAGCAAACCAACGGCAGCUCCAACUGUAUCAGAAAACUCUGGCUGUACUCCAAAGAACUCUUCCUGCUCCAACUGCAGCAGUUGUAACCAAACCCACACCAACAGCACCUCCAUGUGAAGAUGAUUAUCCUCUUGCAUGCAAAACUGAUGAAAUCAAGGCUAAUUGUAAUGAUCCAAAAGAAAGAGAAGAUAUGAAACUUUACUGUGCCAAGACUUGUGGAUUUUGCCCCAAAGCAAUUGUCCUGAGUGAAUGCAAAGAUAAGUAUCCAGAAAAUUGUAAACAACUCAAGUCAACUUGUACAACUGGUGAUCCAAAAGAUGUCGAAAGCAUGCGGAAAAAUUGUCCCCUUACCUGCAAUGCAUGUAAUGAGGUGUCUGCUGCAGCUGCGGCAAUUACACCAGCAACUGUCUUGGAAAUAACUCUUGCUACUGGUCUUCCCACACCUUAUGUUCCGGUUGAUGGUGAAUGCAUAGACAGAGUAAAAUUUUGUGAAAAUGCAAUUACUUCAUGUAACAAUGAUGGUCCAGGUGGUGAUGCCAUGAGGGAAAAUUGUGCAAAGACAUGUAACACUUGUCCAAAAAAAACUUCUGACCCUGUUAUUCAACCGGUCAAUCCAACUCCAACAGAUCCAACUGGUGUACAGUCUGAUUGUAUUGACAGAGUUUCAUAUUGUGAAAGAGCAAAAGCUUCUUGUAAUGAAAAGGGUGAAAUAGGAGAUGGCAUGAGAGAAAAUUGUAAAAAAACAUGUGGCAUGUGUGGAAAACCUGCAACCAUCUUUGUUCCAGCUGUGUCGCCUACACAAGCUAUUCUACAGUUAAUAGAAACAGCAACUCCAACUCCAAGACCUGCAGUAGCUGGAAAUUGUAUUGAUAAAAUUGACAACUGUGCUUCGACGAUAAACCUAUGUUCAAGUACCGGAUCAAUUGCUGAAAUAAUGGCGAAAAGCUGUCAACUGACAUGUGGAAAGUGUCCAAAUCAGCAACGCCCACAACAACCUAGACCAACUCAACCCAGGCCAGGUACUUUGGCUCUGCCUCUGGCUUUAAGUCAAUCUACUGAUAUUCCUGCUUCAAAUUCUUCUGCUUCCCCAACUUUGCAAAACAUACAGCAAACUUGUCAAAAUGAUUUGAGUAACAGUGAUUGUGAAGUGAAGAAAUAUUUGUGCUCUGAUCGUGACUCAUACUGGCAACAAUUGUGUCGUCGAACAUGUAAUACAUGUGGCCAGGUAUUUGAAUUUGUGGACACAAAUACAAAUAAGCCUUUCAUUCCAAGAGCAACUCCAGCUCCAUCUCCACCAAGACAAAUUCGUCCUGCCCCAAAUUGUAAAGAUGGUAUUCGUGAUUGUCCAAAACACCCAGAACUUUGUGACUUGCCUCAAAGUGGUUGGCCAGCUACUUGUCGCAAGACUUGUAAUACCUGUGGUAAAAAUAUAGUUGUUCCCACCCGAGCACCAAGGCCAGCUACACCUGCACCAAGGCCAGCUACACCUGCACCAAGGCCAGCUACACCUGCACGAAGGCCAGCUACACCUCGCAUCAUUACACCAGCACCAAGGCCAAGUCAAACUGCUCCAAAUAUUCCGUCUUGCAGAAAUAAAUUAUUGGAAUGUGAUCAACUCAGUUAUCUUUGUAAUGAAGCUGGUAGCUCAUGGAAAGUUGAUUGUCCUAUAACCUGCAAUACUUGUCCCAAGGUGUCUUCAACAAAGCCUCCUGCUGAAGAGUGCGAAGAUUUGUUAUCGACAUGUUCCACUCAGAAAAAGCUGUGUUUUGAAGGAACCGCAGAUGUUGUCAAAGCCAUGAGAAGUAUAUGCCAAAUUACAUGUAAUUCGUGUAAUAAAAAUGAAGCAGCAACAACGAUUGCAACACCCCAACAACCAGUGGAAAUAACUGUUAUUAUUCCCGGUUCUUGGACAAGUACAGUAUUGCCACCAUGUGAAGACACAGCUCCAUCAUGUAAGGCAAUAGGCCGACUUCCAGGUUUUUGUGAAAAAGAGGAAUGGCAAUUUCGUUGCCCAAGUACUUGCAAUACCUGUGAAAAGCAAGGAUUAUCUGUUACGUUUCCUACUGUUUCACCAACACAACCUGCCCCUGUUCCUUCCUCUUUUACGGCAGUGGCAGGUUGCAGAGAUUUGCAAGACAAUUGUCCAAAUUACAAGAAUUUUUGUAAUCUUAAAAGCAGUUCAUGGAGGCAAACUUGUCCAGUUACUUGUAAUGCCUGUAAUGAAAUUGCUUCUCCAGUUACAGUACCGACACAACCUUUGAUGCAAGUUCAACCAACUUGCGUGGACACAAGAGAAAACUGUGCGGAGUUCAAAAUGCUAUGUGAUGCAUCAGAUGAUAUGUGGAGAAGAGAAUGUCCUAAAACUUGCAAUACAUGUGGGGGCGGAACUGUACAACGACAACGAGUGGUGCAACCUGCACAGCCACAGAGAGCCGUACCAGUACGACAGCCUGUAUCCACAUCAGGAUCAACUUCCGAAUGUAAAGAUACUCGAUCAGAUUGCAAAGCAGCGAGUCAACUUUGUAGUAAAGAAGACAGUGGAUGGCAGGAGGUUUGUCCAGUAACUUGCAAUGUGUGCAACAAGGUUAAACCAGCUACACCACAAAGGCCAUUUACACCAGUUGCUUCACAAUGCGAAGAUACUAGACAAGAUUGUAAAGCAGGGCAAAGUCUUUGCGAAAUACAGAACAGUGGUUGGGAUAAACUUUGCCCUGUAACAUGCAACAAAUGUGUCCCCAGCGGGGGUUCAAUAGUACAACCUGCAGAGCCAGUACGACCUGUACAACCAGUACGCCCUGCACAACCAGUACGCCCUGCACAACCAGUACGCCCUGCACCACCAGUCAAUCCAACACCAAGGCCUGUCGUUCUACCAGUAGCAUCACAAUGUAGAAAUACAAGAGAUGAUUGUAAUGACUUAAGUCAGCUUUGUGGUAUACCAAAUGGCGUGGAUGAAAUCUGUCCAGUAACUUGCAAUACCUGUGGGAAAAUAGCCACUACAGUGACUACUACAACUACACAGGCACCACAAACUCCACCAGCAGUACCACCUCAACAAGCAGGAGCUCAGAUAUGUAGAGACAAUAUUGCGGACUGUAGUAAAUUCAAAGUCCUGUGUACUCAACCAGGAAAUACUUGGAGAACUGACUGUCCUGUAACAUGUAAUACCUGCCCCCAAGGAUCAAUUCGGCCUCAAUUACCUAACAUACCCAGGCCUCUACCACCCACUCAACCCCCUGUCAUUCGAACACUUGCUCCUUUAACUACUCAACCUACCUCUCGUGCCCCAGUAGUAGCUCGUCGACAAGUUAACGUACCAGGUUGUGUUAAUGAAUAUGAAAAAUGUGAUGAAUUGGUUGACACCUGUACAAUUGGAACUGAAGAAAAUAAAGCCAUAAUGCGUAAAGUUUGUCCUGUGACAUGCAAUACAUGUGGAGUUUCAGUCUCAGAAUGCGAAGAUACAAUGCCAGAAUGCAGAGAGCAAAGUUCUUUGUGUGAGGAAGGGGAGGCAAAGCAAGUGGAAGCGAUGCGUCAGGUUUGUCCUGUAACAUGCGGAACGUGUGGUAAAGAUUCUGAUUCAACAGCUUUAUCUGAAGGUGGUAGUGCUGUCUCUACUCAAACAGGAGGAUCGACACAGCAAAAUCCUUCUGGUGUCUGGUCAGACUGGACAACUUGCUCAGUAACAUGCGGAACAGGACAGCAAGCAAGAGCUUUGAUUUGUCCAAAACAAGGGGAAUCAGACUGUCAAUCAAGACAAGAAAUAAUUCAGUGUUUCGCUAAACCUUGUGCGCAACAGCCCGCUGUUGUUACUGCUGCAGAAGCAAACAAACGAGGAAAGAUUUGUGAAACAAACUCCUCAGGAGAUGAUGUUUGUGAAAGCUUGGCAAAAAAUAUGGGUGAAGGUGUUAUGUGCGAAAAUGAAACAUUGGCAAACAACUGUAAAAAGACUUGCAAGAAGACAUGCUAAAUAUCAUAUUGAUUGGAAAUCUUAUCUUUUUUAAUGAGAACUUGUUCUGUAACAACUUGAAUAAGAAACAAUAAAAUAAUUGUUAAGCUGUCAUGAGUUUCGAAAAUGAGAAAGUAGCUGCAUACAAUUUUUUUAUCGAUGCUGAAUAUGAUCCAGUUUUAAAUUUUAAUACAAGUUUGACACGUCAUAUUGUAAUAAGAAUAAAAUAACUUGGAAGUACCAAUAUUUUUUCGAAAUAUAUUCAGCCUGAAUCUUAGAUGAAUUCUACUUACUUCUCAAGGUUUCAGCUCAUUUUAUGUGUAUAAUAUUAGUUGAGUAAGAACUAGAAGAACAACAUUGUUGAAUCUAUUAAAAUUAGAUAAAGCCUUAUAAAAUUGUUAUAUGGUUUUUAAAUUACCAAUUGAAUGUAAAAAACAUUAUAAUCUCCAUGUUAUGAUUCAUUUGAUUUGUGAUUCAAAACCAUUCCAGAGUACAAAAGCUUAAACAUGAAUUGCUGAAUAUUUUACAUUUUUCAUUUACCUCCCCAUAUUUGUGUAAAAUUUUCACUUUCAUUAUAUGUCAGUCUGAGCAUCGUUACUAAAAUAUAAUAGAGAGCAACGGUGGUUUGAAA